CAGCAAAUACGAGCAAUUUACUUGGAUUACUGUUUGCUGGUUACACUUCUUCAAAGGGUACAUUUCGAAGUGCAUUCUCGUCAGUGCCUUCUUCCCCCCUUGUGAUCCCUCUGAUACUGGCAGUGAGGCUGUUUUACAUGAGGCUGAUUCUCCUGCAAUCGAAUUCAAUCUGGUGAAUUGUCUUGUUUGGGUAUCACAUGAAGCUGCCAGAAGCUUUUCCCUUGCAGUUGAGUCACUUGAGUUGGAUGGAAGCUGUGCUGAGAUUGCAAUGGCUUGGAAUGGAAAGGACGUGCAUCAAUGGCAUAAAUGUAUUGCUCAUCGGGUAGCUGUUUAUGCUAUGUUGAAAACGAUAAUCGAAGUGGAGAUAUUGCUCUCUCAAGAAAGUCAUAACAAUCCAUCCCCAGUUAGAAAGAUCUUUACCACAGAGACAGGUUCGUUAGAGGAGUUCAUUGAAAGUCGGUUGAAACUGAGACAUCCGGAAUUGGUACAAUGGUUCAGAGUGGUAGAACUUCCAAGGAUGACAGGAUUUUUCAUUCCAUUGUUAAAGAAGUGGUCUAUGGAGCAUGCGGGAAGUGGUGUUGCAGGGAUUAUUAUGGCUAUUAGCUGCUGUGCUGCAGUAGAGCAAUUGUGUUCUGAACAUAUCUCCUGA